CCCCCCCUUCUCGCAGCCUGCGGGGAGACGCUCCAGGACAGCCAGGGCAACUUCUCCUCGCCCCAGUUCCCCAACGGGUACUCUGCCCACAUGCACUGCGUCUGGAGGAUCUCCGUCACCCCCGGAGAGAAGAUCAUCCUGAACUUCACCACCCUGGACCUCUACCGAAGCCGGCUGUGCUGGUACGACUACGUGGAGGUGAGAGACGGGUUCUGGAGAAAGGCCACGCUGCGAGGCAGGUUCUGCGGGAACAAGCUGCCCGAGCCCAUCGUCUCCACCGACAGCCGCCUCUGGGUCGAGUUCCGCAGCAGCAGCAACUGGGUGGGCAAAGGCUUUUUCGCCGUCUACGAAGCCAUCUGCGGGGGGGACGUGAAGAAGGACAACGGGCACAUCCAGUCCCCCAAUUACCCCGACGACUACCGGCCCAGCAAGGUGUGCGUCUGGAAGAUCACCGUGUCCGAGGGCUUCCACGUGGGCCUCACCUUCCAGUCCUUCGAGAUCGAGCGCCACGACAGCUGCGCCUACGACUACCUGGAGAUCCGGGACGGCAGCAGCGAGGCCAGCAGCCUCAUCGGCCGCUACUGCGGCUACGACAAGCCGGACGACAUCAAGAGCACCUCCAACAAGCUCUGGAUGAAGUUCGUCUCCGACGGCUCCAUCAACAAAGCCGGCUUCGCCGUCAAUUUCUUCAAAGAGGUGGACGAGUGCUCGCGGCCGAACAACGGCGGGUGCGAGCAGCGCUGCGUCAACACCUUGGGCAGCUACAAGUGCGCCUGCGACCCCGGCUACGAGCUGGCCUCCGACAAGCGCCGCUGCGAGGCCGCCUGCGGAGGGUUCCUCACCAAGCUCAACGGCUCCAUCACCAGCCCCGGGUGGCCCAAGGAGUACCCCCCCAACAAGAACUGCAUCUGGCAGCUGGUGGCCCCCACCCAGUACCGCAUCUCCCUGCAGUUCGACUUCUUCGAGACCGAGGGCAAUGACGUCUGCAAAUACGACUUCGUGGAGGUGCGCAGCGGGCUGACGGCCGACUCCAAGCUCCACGGCAAGUUCUGCGGCGCCGAGAAGCCGGACGUCAUCACCUCGCAGUACAACAACAUGAGGAUCGAGUUCAAGUCCGACAACACCGUCUCCAAAAAGGGCUUCAAAGCCCAUUUCUUCUCAGACAAGGACGAGUGCUCCAAGAACAACGGCGGCUGCCAGCACGAGUGCCUCAACUCCUUCGGCAGCUACGAGUGCCAGUGCCGCAGCGGCUUCGUGCUGCACGACAACAAGCACGACUGCAAGGAAGCCGGCUGCGACCACAAGGUGACGUCCACCUCGGGGACCAUCACCAGCCCCAACUGGCCCGAUAAGUACCCCAGCAAGAAGGAGUGCACGUGGGCCAUCAGCACCACGGCCGGCCACCGGGUCAAGCUGACCUUCACCGAGCUGGACAUCGAGGCGCAGCAGGAGUGCACCUACGACCACCUGGAGAUCUACAACGGCAAGGACGCCAAAGCCCCGGUGCUGGGCCGCUUCUGCGGGGCCAAGGAGCCCGAGCCCAUCGUCUCCUCGGGCAACAAGAUGUUCCUCAAGUUCGUCUCCGACAACUCGGUCCAGAAGAAGGGCUUCGAGGCCACGCACUCCACCGUGUGCGGGGGCCAGAUGCGUGCCGAGGUGAAGACCAAGGACUUGUAUUCGCACGCGCAGUUCGGGGACAACAACUACCCGGGCGGCUCGGACUGCGAGUGGGUGAUCAUGGCCGAGGAGGGCUACGGCGUGGAGCUCAUCUUCCAGACCUUUGAGAUCGAGGAGGAGGCCGACUGCGGCUACGACUACAUGGAGCUCUUCGACGGCUACGACGGGACAGCCCCGCGCCUCGGCCGCUUCUGCGGGUCCGGGCCCCCGGAGGAGGUCUACUCGGCCGGAGACUCGGUGAUGAUCCGCUUCCACUCGGACGACACCAUCAACAAGAAGGGUUUCCACCUUCGCUACACCAGCACCAAGUUCCAGGACACGCUGCACACGAGGAAAUGAGAGCCGGCGGCCCCGGCCCCGCGCGGGCAGGGCAGGAGGAGGAGGAGGAGGAUGAGGAGGAGGGCAGGGAGGAAGGAAGGGGCAGCGCCGCCACGCACAGACUGCACGGAGGAGCACACAGGCAACCUCAGCACUCAGACACGCGCGCACGGGGCGCCGGGGCUCGGGCGCCCGCGGGCACAAGGGCAAGGGGGGGGUCCCCUGUGCCGGUGGCCGUCCCCCGGCGCCGGGCGGCCGAGCGGGAGCCGUUCCCCUUCCUCGCCCCGGCCGCAGCUCUCUGAAUGUACAAACCAGUAACCGGGAAGAGCCCGACACGCAGAAGGUGCUGUCUCUCUCUUGUAACGAUGAAAUAAAUACUCUUGUACGUGGA